AUGAUUGGAAUUAUGAAUGUACCAUGUGAAUCGCCGGCAGAAUAUUAUGCUGCUCCAAAAAAAGAAGUAAAUUCUAUAACUACAGUAGAAAAAAAUGUUGAUAAAUUUUCAUCAGUCAUAAACAAUAAGGCUUCUUCAAGUAAAAAUAAAUUAAAUAUUCCUAUUGAUGAGUCACAUAUGUUUCUUUUUGAAAAAAAGAAUAAAAAUAAAACAAUUCAAUAUUUAGCUGAUGGUAGAAAAAUUGAAAUUGGACAAAAUAAUAAGAAACCUAAUAGUCCUAAACUUUGGGAACAAUUAAUUAUGAGAACAAUAGUUCACAAAAUUGAAGAAGAAAUUCCUAGUCCUGUAGAUCAGAUUAAAAAUAUAGCAACAGAAUUUGAUAAUUUAAAUGGACAUUUAAAAAAAGAUAAUCCACUUUCUCAUUCAACAUACUCUUUGGUGUCAGAUGAUAGAGUGCGCAGUCAUUGUUCAAAAUGUAGACCAUUUAAAUUUUUAUGUAAAAGACAGCUUUCAAAAUCAUCAAAUUCAUUAAUAUCCAAUGAUAAAUGA